AUGGAUUCGGAUUUUGUUACGACUGGGUCCAACUACACAUCAUUUACCGAACUAGAGACUUCAUCUGCAAUCAUCUCGGCGAAGGAGUCAAGCUCCGCUCUGACAAGUCUGUCUACUGAUUCUAAUAGCGUUUCUAUUUUUUUGUCGAUUGAUAUCUCUUCCCCAAGCGACACAUCAACAUACUUGCCGAGUGAAUCUUCUGCAUUCACAAUACAGGGUGCAGACCUGACGACCUCGUCGUUCAAUCCUACCGGGGUUGGAUUUACUUCUGAUGUCAGGCUACCUGAGUCGUAUUCUCUCUCCUUGACGAGCGGAUCCCCAGCUUCGGAAGCCACAUCGUCAGCUUUGACUACGAAUGAUACAUCUGUUGGUAUUUCGCCAGAGGUCUAUUCUACAUCAUCGACCUAUGCUAGUGCAACCACUACUUACUCGUCCAAUGAAAACACCGCGCUGUUCGUAUCGACUUCGCUGGGAACCCCAGAAUAUCUUACAUCUUCAAUAACCAUGUCUAAUAUACUGUCACAUAGCUUAUCGGAGACCUUGCCAACCAAUAACACGGUGGAAGAUAUGAAUACUGGUACCACCGCCUCAAUAGUAGACUUUACUCUAUCGAUAUCGAGUACACCUACACUUUCGAAACUUACGAGUUCUGAAAUAAAUAGUCUGGAUAUCAAUAGCUCUCAGUUUGCCAGCCGAUCUUUUACAGAUCAAAAGACCACGAGUGUAGAGUCCAACAACCCGAGAUCUGAUUCCUCGGAUCCUAAUACGUCGAGAAGCACCGGACAAGACGCUCUCCGUUCAGGACUCGCCGGCCCGGAAACUGGCAGCUCAGAGAAUGGCAGUUUAAAAAGAAGCAGUGCUGAAAGUGGCAGCAUUGUCACGACCAGCUCCCAACUUGCUAGCGCAGAAAUCACGACUUCGGCAACCAACAGCCCUGAAACUACUGGUACGAAGGUUGCCAGCCCUGGAUCGAGCACUUCAGAGUUUCCCAACUUAGAUAGUAGUAGCUCGAAAUUUUCUCAGUCUCAGUCGACCAUCUUCGAGUCAACAUUAGCGCGGUCGACUAGUUCGGAGUUGAAGACUUCACAAGUUCAGCGCAACAAAGCCCUGGAGAGAGCCCUCUCAGUACAACAGCAUCAGGGUUGA